UCCACGGUCAUUCUCUCUCAACUUCUUCAAAAUGGACUUCUUUCUUUCUAUAUUUAACUAAUAUUUAGACUAAAAUAGGAGCCUAAAAUGUCUUGGUUAACCCCUAACUUGAAUAUCUCGGACAGCUUGUCCUCUCUUACCAAUAUAACUGGUCAGAUUUCGAAUUUUACUCGUGAAAUGCUGACUGAAGGUACCGAGGAAGUAGCAGAUCCUUCAGCUGAAUUAGAUAUUGCAAAACAACGAAUUAAGGAGCUUGAAAUCGUGGUAGAGAAGCAGAAGCUUGAGUAUGAAAAAAUAACGAAAAUAAAUGAGGAAUUGCAGGAGAGAGCAGAGGCUUCUGACUUACAGGCAAGACAUGUUGCCAGAGAUUACAGGGCAAAGCUAGACCAGAAGGAGCAAGAAAUGAAGAAACUAAAAGAAGAGAUUGACAGUCAUAAACAUGAUGAUGGUAGCCAGGAAACAUCAUGGAACAGAACAAGACACGACUCAACAGACAGCAUGGAUGAACAUGUAGAAAUCAAGAAACUGAAAAAGGAUAUUGUUAGGCUUCAGACAGAGUGUCAUCACUGGAAAACUCUAUCAAGCUCACAGGACAGUCAGGAUAAGUUGCACAGAGAGAUUGACCAGUAUCAGCAUGAAUUAUCUACUCUUCAAAGCACUUACUCCCAGAAGAUUGCCAACCUGAACAAGAAGCACAAGCUAGAGAUGCAAAAAUGGGAGGAAGAGAAGCAAGGUUACCUGAGAAAGAUGGAGGAUUUACAGCAUGARCUCAAGAUACUAGAAGAAGUGGACAAUCUUGAAGGCAUGAAAUCAUCUUCAAGCAGUACAGGUGAUGAUGUUGCUGCUUUGAAAGAAGAGCUGGAGUUGGCCCAUGAUACUAUCACCAACCUUCGUCAGCAGCUUGAUAAAGCAGCUGAAUCAUUCAAACUAAAUGAGACUGAAUUUGAAAACAUGAGGAAAAACCUAGAAGAAAGUACAAGCAAGCAGAGUGAAACACAAGAACAGUUGGCUGAGAUGGAAAAACGGGAGACAGAAUCAAAUAAACACAAAGAAAGGAGCACAGAUAUCCAAGAUCUACAUGCACAGCUUGUUGAAAAAGAAAAUGCUCUGGCUUCACUAUCAAAUGAAAUAAACAUCCUAAAAGAGCAACUAAAUGAACGGGAAGAUGAAAUUUCAUCCAUCAGGGAAGAGAAAAAUGAACUGAAAUCUCAGGAGAACAAGCUUCGUAGUUCUCUUAGUGAAGUGAAAAAAGAGCUAGAGAUGUUGAGUUCUUCUACGUUGGAGCUAAUGGAGGAGCUGGAGUAUUCACAGGGAAAUCAAGAGGAACAGAGAGUUGAGAUUGAAAGCUUGAGAAAGGUUUGCCUUGUCAAGGGGGAUGCUAAGGAUGAAAUAAUCCAUCUCAAGACUAUUAUUGGUGCUCUGUGGGAUCGCUACGUAGCAACACAGCAGUUAUAUCAGAAGGUCAGACAUGAUUUACACUCAAGCAAUCAGAGACUUUUGGCACAGUUACAAGCCAGACAUGCCAACAGUCAAUCCAUUCGACAACAGGUCGCCGAUGUAAAAGCAAAACUAAGCGACAAAAAUACCAAACGCCGAGAGAAAAUCCAUCWAGAGAAAGAGCAGUUCAUAGCAAGAUCUUCCGAGCUGAGAACACAGAUUGACGAACAAGAGAGCCUAGUGGACGAUCUACGAGCAGAUAACGAGCAAAUUGUCCAAGAAACUAAAGAGCUUAUUUCAGAAAUAGGUUGCCAAACAAACAACGAUUCUCUAGACGAAGGCAACGACUUCGUAGUGUCGUUACAAGCAGAAAAAGCUGUUUUAGAAUCUACCAUUGUUGGGCUACAAAACAAAGUGCAAGAGUUGAAGGAAAAGCUUCGUGUAAAAGAAGGCAAGCCUGCUAAACUCGACUCAAGUGAUUAUUAUUUUGGUGAAGGAAAGGGACUUGACUUUUCUGAUAGUGUGACUGAAGCAGAGGUCGAGUCUAUGGAGAGUAUACCCUUGAAUGAGGAGCAGAACUCACUGAGAGGUUCUACAUUAGAAAAAGAAGUURAUGAUGACCAAGAACUCGUCAUAGAACAACUGAAACAAGAACUCGAGGAGUACCGCUCGAAUAUAGAAGAUUUAGAAUAUAUUAGAUCUGACCUAGAGAAUGAUAAGAGUACUUUAGAACAAGUGGUUAUCAACUUGAGAACACAGAUCAAGGAGCUACGUGAGGACAUGAAAAAAGUCGAAGAAAACUCGUCMAUGAAGACAACUAAAGGUGCAGAGGAACUGCAAUCACUACAAGAAGAAAGAGAGAAGUUGAUUCGAGAAAAGAACGACUUGAUGAAGUCUCAGAGGGGAUUUGAAGACGAGUUAGUGGAAUCUGGGAUCAUUAGGAAAGAGGAUACAAUUKCUUUUGACAACGAACUCGAAAAGAAUGAUGUAUUAAGGUUACAUUUGAAGGAAUGGGUCAUUCGUACGAGAAAAGCGCUUAGGGAAUCUGAAGAACGACAAGCUAAUGAAUCUAUAGUAAGCAUAAGUCUAGAGGAGAAAUCCAUGCUUGAAGAGAAAUACCAGAACGCUAAGAAAAUGAUUGAAGAAUUAGAAGGAGAUAAUUCUAUUCUACGAGAGCAAACCAACGAUCUAAUCCACCAGAUAAAAGCUAAAUCUACUGAAGUUGAGUUAAUAAGCGCCCAGCUGAAAGAAAAAUGUUAUGAAGUAAGAAACUUUGAGAAAGAAAAACAUAUGAUAACAAUGAUCAACGAAAAGGAUUCCAAAAUUCUGGACCUUCAGGAUAGACUUGAAUUGCUGAUCUCUGAUGUUCCCGUGUCUAAAGAAGRUGACUAUCAGAUGCUCCAUGAUAAGCCUGAAGAGAUGAAGAAAGAGAGAGAUAAGUACAGGAAAUCCAAUGAGGAACUGAUAGAAUCUUUUCAAGAAAAGCAGAAAGAACAUGAAGAUGUGAUCCAGAAGCAAGAAGAGGUUGUACAAAUGCUUGAAGAGAAGAAAAUAGAAUGCGAGAAAUAUCAAAAAACGAAUGAGGAACCAAUGAAUUUUAAUGAGGAAAGGGAGAAAGAGAUUGAAGAUAUCAUUGUGAAACAACAAGAGAUGGAGAGACUUCUCGAAGAAAAACAGAAAGAGUGUGAAAAAUAUCAAAAUUCGAAUGAAGAAUUGAUGGAGUCUUUCCAAGAAAAGCAGAAAGAGAUCGAAGAACUCAAUCUCAAACAAGAAGAGUUUGAGAAAAUGCUAGAAAAGAAACGGAAGGAAUGCGAGAGGUAUGAAAAAUCAAAUGAAGAAUUGAUGAACUCGUUUCAAGAGGAACGCCAGGCCUUUGAAUCCCUUGGACACGAACAAGAAGGAAUGGUACAAAUAUUCGAAGAAAAGAGAAAAGAAUGUGAGAAAUACAAGCAAGCAAACGAAGAACUGAUGAUUUCAUUCCAGGAAAAGCAUCAAUCUUUCGAGGAUCUUAGCCUACAGAAUACCAGCCUGUCUGAGCAUGUACGAGAGAGUGAGACACUUCUACGGGACCUAAGACAAGAAAAGGAGAAUCUUUUAGCUUUAUUGGAGAGUAAGGAACAACUUGUUAAGUCGUUGUCCGAGGAAUCUAAAAGCUUUGCUGCUGAAAAGGAAGAUUUAAGCCUGGUAGUACAGGAAUAUCAAGACAAGCUACAUACCAAAGAGCAAGAAGCUGCAGAAGUCUCGCACUUACUUUUUGAAGUUGACCAGCUUAAAAGACAAGCUCGUGACAGAGAAUUGAGUAAAAAAUCCCUGGAGGAAAGAAUUUCUUGUCUCUCAGCAGAUAAUGAGAGGCUAAGUACUUCUUUAGACGAAAAGAAUAUGGCGUUGAGUCAUCUUGAAGCGGAGUUAARAGAGAAAAGAGUUGAAGUGGAGCACCUGGAUUUGGAGAUGGAUAAACUGAACGAGUUGGUCGGUAGUAAUGUUGCUGUGAGGCGAGAUUUAGAGCAUCAAAUAUCUUCCCUCAAGAAGAAGAAGGAAGACAUAGAGAGACUAUUAGAGGAAAAAGACAGUGCUAUAGAUACUUUGAAGCUUGAWUUAAGAGAAAAGGGAGCAGAGAACGAUCUCAUUAGGCUAGAUGUGACGAGAAUGACUAAAAAUCUCAAAGAAAAAGAAAUGCUGUUUCAGAGUGGAACCCAAAGUCCAGAACAAGAGACUCAGAAUCAAGUUUCUCGAAUGCUUYGUUUGAUUCGAGAGAAAGAACAAGAAAUAGAAGCAAUGAAACAAAAAGAAGCUUCGUUGAUUGCUGCUGUCAAUCAAACAGACCAAACCAGUAAUGAAGCCUUGGAUCAUUAUAUACAACAGAUAACACAUUUGACAGAAGAGACAAACCGCUUGAUGGCAGAAGUCGAGCAAAAGGACGAGGAAUUGUUGCUUGCUAAUGACAGGCUUGAGGUGUUACAAGAAAAAAUGAGCGGCAAAUCCCAGGCUUCCGUGGUACUUCAGAGCGAACACAGUCGACUUCUUGCGCUCAACGAAUCACAAGGAAAUGAAAUUGCAAAGAUGAGAGAAAGAAACGACCACAUGGGGAAACUAAUAGAAGAAAAGGAAAAGGCGAAACAUGAUGAGAUAAACCGGYUGCAGAACGAGUUCACACAUCAUGUCAAUGAACUCAAACGAGAGCAAGAGAGGUUGCUUACWYUACUCAGUGAAAAGGAUCGUCAGAUUGUUGCUCUUGCUGAUGCAACAGUUCCUKUAUCACCAACAGCGCAGGUCUAUUCCAGUCCACCUCCCCUUCUAAAGGAAGUACUACAAAAAAGCGAAUCAAAUGUCACUCAAWYAGGCGCCUCUAGAAGUGACGUUGARCUGAGAGAUCGACAAAUAGCUGCACUGAAAAGUCAGCUGUCAAAUUCCAAUCGAAAUCUCAGAGAAAAGCUCGAGCAAAAUGAAAACCUUCAAAAUGAAAUACAAGACCUUCGACUAAAAGGCGAAAAUUUGACAAAUAACCUUAGUGAACUUAAAGAAAGAUCUUCGUUAUUAGAAAGUAAGGACAAUCGAAUAGAAGCUUUAGAAGCAGAAGUUAAGGCAUUGAAUGAAACACUGAGUUCGAGUAGGAAGGAACUAAAGAUGAUUGAAGAAAGUCAUUCCAACGCUAAGGAAUCAAUAUUGUUCGAACUUGAGAGUCUACGAAUUGAGAAACAAGACUUACAGGAAACUUCGAGUAAGGAAAUCACAGAACUGAAAAAUAAACUUAUAAAGGCUUUUAAUUCGUUAGGAGAUUGUGAGUUCAGUAUAUCUGAACAAGGGUUUGAAGAUAUCGACAAGAACUUUAAUGGAGUUGUGCAACGAGUUAUCAACCAGAGAAACAAUUUGUUACGGGAAAAGGAUAAUGAAAUCCGAGCUCUUAAAGCACAAAUAGCGAAUCUAAAUGUCCUUACACAAGCUCCAGGAUCAAGAGACUAUGGAUUAGAAGAAAUAUUAAGAGAAAAGGAACUACUUAAUGACAGAAUCAUGAGCUUACAGAACGAGAAGGAUGAUGUACUACAGGAAAAAGAAAGUAUAGUUGCUGACUUGCAAAGCCAAGUUAUUAAUCUUACAAAACUCGUGAGCGACAAAGACAAAUCUARAAGUCAGGAUUCCGAGCGAUUAAUACGAGAAAAGGAACGAAUGGAAAAAGAAUUAGAAAGGCUAAAAACUGAAAAGGAAAGAAAUGCUAUUCAAAUUGAAAAAUUAACUUCAGAAAACAACCGCCUGUCSAGUCUGUUAGCGGAAGAAAAAUCCAACGCGGCAAAACUCCACGCCAAUAGUGAGCAAUACAAACAGGUUUUACAGGAAAAGGACAACAGGAUAAACGAGUUAUCUAGGGAAAAGGACGAGUUGAAUAAGGAGAGCGAUACUCUUAAGCAAAGGGUUGCUCUUCUGCAAAAUGAUUUGACUAAAGCGUGUGGAGGGCAAAAAGAAACUGAGGCCAAGUCGAGUAGAGAGUUGCAGAGACUACGAGAACAUCUUUUACAGGUCGAGGAAAGUUACACCAGAGAGGCCAUGGAAGCURAAGAACGUGAGAAGAGUUUGAGAAUGAAAUUAGCCCAAGCAGAAGAACAGCUGCUAUCAAGCUCUCACUCCAUGCAGGAUAGAAGUCGGCAGUCUUSGCAACAGCUAGAGAGCCUUCAGGAACAGCUCCAUUCUGUAGCUAGUCAAAGAGAUGAAGCAGUCAUGCAGCAAGCCGCUGCCCAAGAGCAGGUCCAACAGUACGCGACAUCACUUGAUAAUUUACAGAUGGUGUUGGAGCAGUUCCAAAGAGAAAAAGAAAGUCAGUUAACAGCAGUACAAGAACAAGCUCAGCAGCAAAUCAACGCAGCUCGUGCUGACGUCUUGCAGAYGCAGCAACGAGAAAAUGAACUGAAGGCGCAGUUGCAGAAUGCUGCCAAAAUUGUUCAAGAACUUGGCAGAUUGAAGCAAGAGGUAGCAACUAGAGAUGAAGAGAUAGCUCAUUAUAGGGCUUCCGUUGCAAAGCUUGAGGAAGACMUUCGAGUAAGCCAUAAUGUCAUCCGAGACAUAAACAACACCAAUGACAACAAAGUGGAUAAGACGUUGUUGAAGAAUCUCUUGCAUGGCUACUUCAACACUCCUGAAAGCAAAAGAGCAGAUGUCGUACACGUUAUUGGUGGACUGUUAGGAUUCACGCCGGAGGAAAUGAUGAAGAUUGGUACCGGCUCAGCUCCUCCAAGUCAGGGUGGAUGGAUGUCCUCUUUCUUUCCAUUUGGAGGACCACCCACACCGACAGCCAAGAACAUUCCAAAGGUUACAGACAAGUCAUUCACGGAACUGUUCGUAAACUUCCUGCAACACGAGUCGGACGCCACUGGUACACCAUUACCAGGAAGACCAGGCAACACCACUAACCCACUCCUGACAGGGCUGACGGCUAAGCCAACCCCAUUGGCCCAACCACCCACGGGUAGAAGACAACCAUUAGCAACCUCCACGCCUCUUCCCAGUAAACCUCCUACCCCUUCAGGUGUUGCUAUGACAACGGGUGCUACCCCGUCACAGUUGGGAACUCCUGUAUCGGGUAUUUCACCUAUAACACCAAUGACUGCUCCGCGAAUGCCUAACAGUGUUGCACUCAGACCGCCUAUGGUUAAUUCGUUUACUACAAGACCACCGUCCACGCAGCCAUUACCUACAAGUGGUAACCCUYUUCUCUCAAUGUCGCCCGUUCAAUCUUUACCUUCUAUCACGUCAUCUGGUCCAUCAUCGUUACGAAACGUUCUCUUUCAAACCGCUCCGACGCAAUCACAAGCUAGAUAGCUCAAUUCCCUUAGGAAAAUAGAUUUAGGAGAGAGAUGUUAGCCUAAGUUAAGAAAAAAAUAUUAGGGUCUUACAUGUAACAGCAGAAAAAUAUUGCUCUAAAAUUUGUAAMUCAAGAGAAAUGAUGCUACUUACAACUUCUUAA